UGGCGGCGGCGGCGGAGGAGCCGGAGGGGCGGCGGGGCCGGGGGCCGAGGCCGGGACCGGCUCCGGGCAGCCCCGCGGGGCGGGCGGUGGGCGAGGGCUCGCCCGGGGGCGGCGGCCGCCGCGUCUUCAGCCCCGCCGGGGAAUUCCGCGAGUUCUCCCGGCGGCAGCUCCGCGACAUGGAACGGCUCUUCCGACAGUAUGACGCAGGGAAAGAUGGCUUCAUUGACCUGAUGGAGCUGAAGCUGAUGAUGGAGAAGCUGGGGGCUCCACAGACUCACCUGGGACUGAAGAACAUGAUCAAGGAGGUGGAUGAGGACCUGGACAGCAAGCUCAGCUUUCGAGAGUUCCUGCUGAUUUUCCGGAAGGCAGCAGCGGGUGAGCUGCAGGAGGACAGUGGGCUGCACGCCCUGGCCCGGCUCUCCGAGAUCGAUGUCUCCACAGAGGGGGUGAAAGGCGCCAAGAACUUCUUUGAGGCCAAGGCACAAGCCAUCAACGAAGCCAGCAGGUUCGAGGAGGAGAUCAAGGCAGAGCAGGAGGAGAAGAAGAAGCAGGCAGAGGAGCUGAAGCAGAGGAAAGCAGCCUUCAAGGAGCUGCAGUCCAACUUCACGCAGUGACAGGGCCAGGCAGGACUGGUCAGCCCAGAGUGGUGCCCAGAGUGGCAGCGCUGCCUGUGCCACGUGCCAGCCGUGCCAGGAGCAGUGCCCAAGCUGUGUGCCACCUGGGCUGCUGGCAGGAUCCUGGCACGGGCUCAGCACAGCACCCACCUUGCUGGCAGAGCCCAGUCAGCCCCAGCUCCCCCUCCCCUCUUGCUGUGGUGUCUGUAGGUGUUGUUCGUGCCCCUCACCUCCCCAGCGUGCCCCCCACCCUGUUCUCUACCCGCAGCUGCACUGGGGGUUGCUGCUGCUGAGUCCCAGAGGAGCUGUGUCCAGAAUGUCUGUCCCUGGGACACCCGUGCCCAGACUGUUGUGUGUUGUGAGUGCACUGGGAGGUUUGCAGGAUGGGGGCUUGCACAGGUGGCCAUGGUGGGUGUUGUGGUGGCCAUGCUGGCUGGGUGUCUGUCGGUAUUGCUAUGUAUGACACCAGUGACAAAAGCCAUGGCAAGGGCCAGCUGCUGGUAGAGGGGCUUUGUGUGUGUGUCUGUGUGGUGCUGGGGAUGGGUGCCCACCCCGCUGGCAUGGAGCCCCCUAGGAGCUGUGUCUCCCUUUAUUUUGGUCAAAGACAUACAGAAAGGCAGCUGCAGGCUCAUGGGGCUGUAUUAUGUUUUUUCAUGUUGUGCUCAGCCUGGCAGGAUGAGCGUGGUGGCCACAAAUGCUUGCCAUUGGUCACUGAGGCUCUCGUCUUUGUGGGUGGCUGUAAAAACCCACAUCUGUUCCAGUGUCCCCCGAGUGGCGGCAUAGGGGGUGUGUUAUGUUUUUUUUUAAUUUAAUCCCAAAUAAAUAUUAUAUUUCUUAA